CUUACUCUCACCAUAAUCAUUUCACAGCGAGAGAGGAGCGCGGCAACACCAGGCCCGUUUUACUCGACUAAAAACCCAGAGGGAAUAUUGGAAAUACUUUGGAAUAUAAUCCUCUUCGAUCAAGGGGUAUUUAUCAUCAUGAAAGCGUGAGCUGGUUCACAACUGAUUUACUGAAAACAUUUUCACUUUGAGUCAAAGCAGCUCUGCUGAUCCUUUUGGAGCGAACCUUUUUUAUACACUGUACUAUGUCGUCCACUGAGGAGCCGUCUGGCACGGUCCUACACCGGCUCAUCCAGGAACAGCUCCGCUAUGGAAACCCCACAGACGCCCGCACCUUACUGGCCAUCCAGCAGCAGGCCCUGCGUGGAGGCGGAGGCAGCGGAAGCAACAGUGGACCCAGCAGUGGUGGCGAAAUGGGCAGGAGCCCCAGAUCUUCUCUGGAAAGCCUCACUCAUGAGGACCCACUGCUUCCUCAGUUGUCAGCAAGGCAGGAGCCACAGGGCCAGGAGCACCAAGGGGAUUACCAUCACUCAGAAAGUGGCUUCCAGCUGCAUGGAGAGAAGCUGCCAACCUACGAGCAGGCCAAAGCACAUUCUCAGUACUUAUCUUCCCAUUGGGCCCACAAGCAGCUCCAUGAGGGGCAGCUUGUGCUGCAUGAUGGAUCCUUCCACGAAGAAGCAGAUCUGUUGGAGCACAAAUGCAGCCACGUGCGCUCGCUCAGCGAGCAUCUCUUCCAGAUGUCUCUGGAGAGAAGAGAUGCAGCGGCUAAAGCUGCAGCACUAAAAAUCAACUCCCACAGCUAUCCGGAGCUCCCUUACUACACCCCACAGUGUCUUCAGAGGACGGGGCAAAACACGGACAAACGCAGCCCACCCCCAGAAUACAACAGCCCCAUCCAGGGCCAGAGAUUUGUCCCUCAUCAGGUCCAGGAACCAGUUCAAGCUCAGCCACUCAGAUAUGUCCAGUCUGAUCAGCAAGGAGAAGUACCUGGCUACAACACAUUCAACAGCCUGCCACCUGCUGGCUUGGAGGAACCUAACCAGAUGGAGCUUCUAGUGAUGGAAAAUGAGAGACUGAGACAAGAGGUGGAAGCUCACAGGGAGAAGACCGGUCGGAUUCAGAAGCUGGAGCAGGAGAUUCAGCGCAUUUCUGAGGCUUAUGAGACACUGAUGCAGGGCAGCAGUAAGAGGGAAAACCUGGAGCAGACACUGAGGAGGAGGCUGGUGGCCGAGAUCAGGAGGUUGCAGGAUUUCAACAGAGACCUCAGAGAAAACCUGGAGAAAGCUAGAAACCAUGUUGCAAAAGAAGUUGAGGUGGCCGACCACAACCAGCAGAUUAUGGCUAAACUCCUUGAACAAAAUGAGGAGCAAAAUACUGAGCGGGAGCGUAUGGAGCGGGAGCUGCAACGAUUGCGAGCGACAGUGGAAGAGCAGAGCCUCAGGACGAAGCAGCUUGAGGAGGCUCUGGAGGCGGCUCGGGGACGAGGUCGCCAGCUCGAGGAGGAGCUGAGGAGGAAGAGGGCGUACGUGGAGAAGGUGGAAAGGCUCCAGAGCGCGCUGGCUCAGCUGCAGUCAACAUGUGAGAAGAGGGAGAGCCUAGAGAUGAAGCUCAGGACGAGAUUGGAGCAGGAGCUGAGGAGUCUGAGGGCACAGCAGAGACAGUCUCAGCCCCCGGGAUUGACCGUGAGCUCGCUCCAAGAACGCCUGCGUGAGCGCGAGGAGCGGAUCCUGGCACUCGAAGCCGACAUGGUGCGUUGGGAACAGAAGUACCUGGAGGAGAGCACCAUGAGGCAGUUCGCCAUGGAGGUGGCUGCGACUGCUGCUGCUCAGAGAGACACCACCAUCAUUAACCACUCGCCCUGCCACUCCUCUAACAACAGCUUCAACGAGGACCUGCCACUUCCCGACCACAGGAAUCAGGAGAUGGAAAACAGAAUUCGAGCCCUUUAUGCUCAGAUAUUGGAAAAAGAUGCCGUGAUAAAGAUUCUCAACCAGCGGCUGCAUCAGGAUCAAAGUCGGAAGGAUGAGCGGAGUCCCCGAGUAAACCUCGUGAACAUGGUGGGGGCUCCACUCCGACCAGCUUCCUCCACUCCCUCCAUCAGCACGGCCUUCACAGAGAGUAAAGGUAAAAAUCUGUCUGAUGAUCAGACUUUGCCAAUCCGUCAGUUAUCUGCACAGUUGGAACCUUCAACGCUCGAAAAGCAGGCGGAGGAAACCAGACCUAAUGAGGAAACCAGCACAACUAAGCUAAACAAUGACAAGACAGUGCCUAAGAAGAUGCUGCUAAAUCCCUUCAGAGGCCUGGAUGAUCUGGAGUCAGAGGCAGUGGAAAUCUUUAUUUAAGCAACCAAGAUUUGGAUUCUCAAUGGAAGAAAAAAAUAACUUUUGAGUAUCUGUGAAGACUGCAAGACAUUUGUGAAUGCAUAAAUUUUGGGAAAAAAGAGGCAACGUCUAAAAAAAUGAUUGUUUUUCCCAUUUCGACGGCAGAGCUGGGCUCUGACCCUCUUUUUCACACUGAGCCGGACGCCUGCAGGCAGCCUGCCCGACACACUGAGAAAAGAUGAAUCCUCUGAGGUACUUGGACAGUAUUGUGAAUUGUAAUAUGGCAAUAUACUCUCACAGAGUGCAUGCCAUGCUAUUUAUAUAAAUAUUAUAAAAAAUGCUGCUUAUCCCCAUUAUUAUUGUUAUUAAUUUUAUUAUCUAUUUUAUAUCUUUCCCCACUAAGUUAAGGAGAUAUUAUCUUAUCUGGUUUCCACAUUCCCUAAAUAUCAUUCAUUUCAUUUACUUUUGUUAAAUAUUCAGCAAGGGGUUAUCUGUCUGAUCUUCAUUCCCUCUCCUCUCCCUCUUUUCUGGAUUUACUUUUGAGUAAUCUUUUUCCCAUCACACCGAUGAACUCCCUUCGGCGAACUGUCCUUGAUCUCAUUAAUUUAAACUGAUAACACAAGAUUUGAAGCCCCCGCUGCUCAUGUUUCUCCAGCCUGAGCAGCUGGUUCUGCAAAGGUCUUGAGAUGUGAACAAUGAGGUGCAUAAUAUAUAAAGUGUGUUUUUAUUAUAAUUAUUUAAACUGACACAGAGCGGGUGUUGAAAAAGUGUAGUUUUGGGAUGUGUCAUUUUGUUUCACCCCCUUCCUCAUAAAGUAUGUUGCAUGUGUGAUAGUGAGUGCGUGCCCAGAUCUGGUGAUUCUGCUGGUUCGGUUACCACUGAAGGGCCAAAAAGGUGUUAGUUUCUUGUUUACUGUGAGCUGCAAACUAACAAAAAAGUUAAAGAAUGUUAUAUAUUUUAUACAGAUCUUUGUAUUGUUAUUUUAGAUGCAGAAGAGCUUUGAGCAGGAUGCCAAAGAGUUUGUUUGUAAGUUAUGCGUCGGCAAUCACAGCCUUGUAAGCUGUAUACAACCAAUCAUGGGUUGACUUCAAAAACAGGCAUUUUUUUGUGAAGUCAACAGUUGAAUUCAUGCAACAUUUCAUAAAACCAUAAAUAAAAUUUUCCAAUAAACAUUA